AUGUAGAAAACAACGGUUCUAGAUUAAAUUACAUCUCAGAUAAAAUAUUCGCAUUUUAACAAUAUAAAUCAAAUUAAAUUACCUUCAAAUCUUUCUUUCCAAUUAGCUAUCAAGAGACUAAGUUAAAUCCUAAGAUAUUUCAGUCAAAAUAGUAAUGAACCCUGUAGCGAAUAUUUUUUAUCUGUUUAGUAAAUUAUCUUAUCAAAUAAUGCUCAAACUAUUAAAAUUAUUAUGAGUAGUGCUUAAUCAGAGAAGGGAUAAGAUUUGAAGUUUACAUAUAGCAAAGCAUUCAAUUUAGAACAUCAAGUAUAUUUGGAACAUUGA